UCCGGAGGCGCCGGCUCCCCAGGCUUUCAGGGCCGCUUGACGCCCUGGCCGAGAACGGCCUGGGGAAGGGGUGUGCAGGACAUCUUCGGCCUGACUCAAAAUGCAGACGGUGACAUUAACAUGCACCCAAAUUCUGCGAGCUUCGUUUUGGAGCCCACCAUGAAUGGAUUUGCGGAAUUUCCCCCCAGCACCAGUGACCCCGCCAAGGAGCUCAUGGAGCCCCAGCCAAGCCAGGCCUUGCUCCAGGAAGAUGUGGACAUGAGCAGUGGCUCAAGUGGGAAUGAAAACUGCUCCGUGGGGCGGGACUCCCAGGGCAGUGACUGCGAGGACAACGGGAAGGAGCUGGGGAUGCUGGUGGAGCCCGCCAACACCCGGGAGAGCAGCGAGCAGUCUGCCAAAGCAGACGCACACCGAGAGCUGGUAAGAACGCUGAGAGAGCUGAAGGUCCACCUCCCCGCGGAUAAGCAGGCCAAGGGCAAGGCCAGCACCUUGGCGACCCUGAAAUACGCCCUGAGGAGCGUGAAGCAGGUGAAAGCGAAUGAGGAGUAUUUCCAGCUGCUCAUGUCCAGCGACAGCCAGCCCUGCUGCGCAGGUGUGCCCUCCUACACAGUGGCACAGGUGGAGGGUGUCACCUCGGAGUACAUCCUGAAGAACGCGGAUAUGUUUGCUGUGGCCGUGUCCCUGGUCACCGGGAAGAUCCUGUACAUCUCUGACCAAGUCAUGUCCAUCUUCCGCUGUAAGAGAGAGGCCUUUGGGGAUGCUAAGUUCGUGGAGUUCCUGGCGCCCCAGGACGUCAGCGUGUUCCACAGCUGCACCACCCCUUGCAAGCUCCCGCCCUGGAGCGUGUGCGGCGGAGUAGAUUCUUUCACUCAGGAAUGCAUGGAGGAGAAGUCCUUCUUUUGCCGUGUGGGUGUCGGGGAGAACCACGAGAACGAGAUCCACUACCAGCCGUUUCGCAUGACGCCCUACCUGGCCCAGGUGCAGGAGCGGCCGGGCACCGAGAGCCAGCUCUGCUGCCUGCUGCUGGCAGAGAGGGUGCACUCUGGCUAUGAAGCUCCUAGGAUUCCUCCUGAGAAGAGAAUCUUCACCACGACGCACACUCCGAAUUGCUUGUUCCAAGACGUGGAUGAAAGGGCGGUCCCCCUCCUGGGCUACCUACCUCAGGACCUGAUGGAGACACCGGUGCUCCUGCAGCUCCACCCCAGCGACAGGCCCCUGAUGCUUGCCAUCCACAAGAAGAUCCUGCAGUCCGGUGGGCAGCCUUUCGACUAUUCUCCCAUCCGCUUCCGCGCCCGGAACGGGGAGUACGUCACACUGGACACCAGCUGGUCAAGCUUCAUCAACCCCUGGAGCAGGAAGAUCUCCUUCAUCAUUGGGAGGCACAGAGUCAGGGUGGGCCCUCUGAAUGAGGACGUGUUUGCUGCGCCCCCGUGUGCCGAGGAGAAGGCCCUGCAGCCCAGCGUUCAGGAGCUCGCGGAGCAGAUCCACCGGCUGCUGCUGCAGCCGGUCCCCCACAGCGGCUCCAGUGGCUACGGGAGCCUGGGCAGCAACGGGUCCCAUGAACACCUCAUGAGCCAGACCUCCUCCAGCGACAGCAACGGCCAUGAGGAAUCUCGCCGGAGGAGAGCCGAAAUUUGUAAAAAUGGUAACAAGACCAAAACCAAAACUCAUUUUUCUCAUGAAUCUGGAGAACAAAAGAAAAAAUCUGUUACAGAAAUGCAGAGCAGUCCUCCAGCUCAGGUGAAAGCUGUUCCUGCCACAGAAGAGGACAGCCUGGGAGCCAGCAUGCCCAGGGCUAGUGUCCCCGAGGAGCUGGCUUGCAAGGACCAGCCCACCUGCUCCUACCAGCAGAUCAGCUGCCUGGACAGCGUCAUCAGGUACCUGGAGAGCUGCAGCGAGGCUGCCACCCUGAAGAGGAAGUGUGCGUCCCCAGCCAACAUCCCGUCACCAAAGGCCACAGCCAGCCCUGGGCUGCAGGCAGGAGGGGCAGCGUCACCCGCCAAGGUGAGCAGCCGCAGGGAAGUCAGUGCCCGCCUGAGCUCGCUGGCGCUGCCCGGCAAGGCUGAAAGCGUGGUGUCCCUCACCAGUCAGUGCAGCUACAGCAGCACCAUCGUCCACGUUGGGGACAAAAAGCCGCAGCCUGAGUCAGAGAUGGUGGAGGACGCAGCGAGUGGACCUGAGUCCCUGGACUGCCUGCCCCACAGCCUCGGCCAGGAGAAGGGGCCCCUGCAGAACCUGGGCCUCACCAAGGAAGUGCUGGCCGCGCACACGCAGAGAGAGGAGCAGAGCUUCCUGCAGAAGUUCCGCGGAGCCAGGAGACUCGGGGUGCUCCCGGCUCACUGCCAUUACUACUCACGAGAAAGAUCCRGGGGGCCCUCGAGUGAGAGCACUGCUCCUGGACUAAGAAGUACUUCUGGGAUAGACUCAUCUUGGAAAAAAACAGGAAAGAACAGAAAACUCAAGUCCAGAAGGGCCAGGCCUCGGGGACCCUCCCAGAGCGCAGGGCCUGGAGGGCUGGAGCCCCACCGCCGCCCACUGGCCAGCCUGAGCGCCACAGCCUGGUCACCCUCAGACACGUCCCAGUCCAGCUGCCCUGCUCUGGCCUUCCCCGCUGCAGUGCCCACGUAUCCCCUGCCCGUGUUCCCAGCUCCAGGCACCAUGGUGUCAGCGCCUGCAGCUCCCCACACCAGCUUCGCGGUGCCCGCCCUGCCUGUGGGUCCCCAGCACGAGUCGGCAGUCCAGCCCCUGCCCUUCAGCGCCCCUGUGGCCCCCGUCGUGGCCCUCGUGCUCCCUGCCUGUCCCUUCCCACCAGUGGCCCCAAACCUGCCCCAGGCCUUCUUCCCUGGCCACCCCAGGCUCCCCCCUGGAGUGACUCCUGGCUCCCAGCCCGAGGUCCCCCAGCAGACCCCACUCCCCAGGCAGCCCUGCCCUCGCCCAGCCACCCCCUCGUCAGCCACAGUGGCCGCAGGCAGGGCCUCCCCGCCGCUCUUCCAGUCCCGAGGCAGCUCGCCCUUGCAGCUCAACCUGCUGCAGAUGGAGGAGCCACCCGAGGGCAGCGCUGGGGCCACAGCGACCUGGGGCCACCCUGGAACAGCAGCUGCCAGGCCCGACUGCACGCCUGGCRCUCCUCAGGACCAGCAGGCAAAGGCGCCCCCCACACGAGAAGAGCCCUCAGAGGCCCAGGAGAGUGACGCCCUGUCUGUGUCCAGCGACCUGCUCAACCUGCUGCUGAGUGAGGACCUCUGCUCGGCCACCGGGUCAGCCCUGUCUGGGAGUGGGGCCUCUGCCACCUCGGGUUCCCUGGGCUCCAGCUCGCCAGGCUGCAGCGCGUCCCAAAGUGGGGCUGGCAGUACUGACACCAGUCGUACCAGCAAAUAUUUUGGAAGCAUUGACUCUUCAGAGAAUCACCACAAAGCAGAAAUGGACAGGAGCAAGGGGCAGAGUGAGCACUUCAUCAAGUACGUCCUGCAGGACCCCAUCUGGCUGCUGAUGGCGGACGCGGACGACAGCAUCAUGAUGACCUACCAGCUGCCUUCCCGGGAUCUGGAGUCAGUCCUGAAGGAAGACAGAGAAAAGCUGAAGCUGCUGCAGAGGUCCCAGCCCUGGUUCACCGAGGGCCAGAGGCAGGAGCUGCGCGAGGUCCACCCCUGGGUCCAGACAGGGGGCCUGCCCGCAGCCAUCAAUGUGGCGGAAUGUGUUUACUGUGAAAGUGAAGAGAAGGGCAGCGUCUGUGUGCCAUAUGAGGGGGACAUUCCUUCCCUGGGACUCAGCGAUGCGUCCGACACCAAAGAAGAGGAAAGUGGGCAAGCCCCGAGGCCCAGGGAGGAGGAUCAGACGUAACCCCGGCCAACGGCAGGGACCUGCGUAGACGGUGCCUGGAAGAGACGGAAGGUCUUCACGUUUGCUUCUAAUGAAAUGGACAUAGAGGCUUACAUUGCUUCUUGUCUUAGGAAAAACAAAACAGUUUUCUGAAGCGAUGAUUUAAAACUGGAGAGUAGGAAGGGUUUAGGAAGAAAUAUGUUUUCAUAUUUAAAAUACAAACAUGGAGUUUGGGGGUGGAGCAGAGAUUUUGGUUGUUGCUGGACUUGAAGAAGAUGGAGACCCAUCCGUGGAUGUUUCAGGGAAGUUGCCGCAGUGCCCUUGGAAGUUCUUCAACCACAGUGAGACCUCUGGUCCAGUGCACCAGCAUCCACUGGCCCCUGUGGGUUGACCCAAGACAUCAUGGCAGGCUGUGACAAAUGGCCAGGAAGCCAUGAGUGGCUCUGAGCUGAGGACUCCAGUGUUCUGGAGCUUUCCCAGGGUGUCUUUAGAUUGGAUCAACUUCUGUCCUCAGGGGCUUAUCCGCAGUGGUCAUUAGUCCAGCCAGGUGUUGGUUCAUAUACUGCAGAGGUAACAGCCUCUCCUCAUGUUCUUCAAAGGCUUCACAUGAGGUGGUGUGCACCUAACUUGCCGCUUGGCUUCCAGGACCAUGGUGGUGGACAUUUUGGUCUGACGUGCUCCUGUUUGUAGAGAACAAAGUUGAAAUGCUCGCUUCAGCUUUGAACAGAGCCCAGUGGUUUGUGUGACCAGCUUCAUCAGACUGAUGCCCGCCCAGAUCCUGGGAGCGUUUCCACCUCGCCCUCACACCCCUUCAGACCAGAUGGUCAAUAGCAGAGAGAAAUACGUGACCAGUCAGGUCGUCAUAUCUUCAUGGUGACCUCCCUCUGCAAACCAAGCCUUGACCACUUUGCAGGGGACCCAGUCAUGUCUGGGCUUCGGUUGGAGCCUCUCAGACAUCAGCUGACCCAGCAAAGCCAGUGCCAGCUCCUGGCAGAGAACAGCCUUGGCGACCGGGAGCUGGCGGCCCACCGCUACUGACUCCAUCGCAUGUUCCAGGACGGUGGGCUCCCCUCCCCCUACACCCUGGGGCUGCCUGGCCCUCACUAUUUCAUGUGCCUGUCCUCUCUUGGUACAGCUUCAGGUCUCUGCUGUGACAUCUGCCAGCACUGCCACACUUCCAGAUUAUCUGAACUCUUGGGGAAGAAGACCAGUCUGUCUGUCCGAUUUUAGAACACUCACGUGCACCAGAUAUCCCAAAGGCUGCUGGGAAAGUGUAAUGUUUGUCCCUGUUGUGAGUAAGAAGUUGCAGCUGGUGAAUCUGUUCCCUUAAAAUUGGAAUGAGACCGUGAUGCUUGAUAGGAAGCAGGUUUCCCUGUUCUUUGGGAAAAAAACAGCUACAAGAAAGGUGGUAUCUCCUCAUAAAACCAUUUUAUGCCUGAAUGUUAAUACUAUUUUUUAUUAAUACAAGAACACUUUUUUUUUUUUAAUUUACAAAGCAACAGCACCUGCAGUUGCCCAAGCGAUGGUGGUAGUCUGUGUGUUCACGAGCAUGGUGGGCGGCUGGCUGCCUCCGCCUCAGAUCCUGAGGGACAGAUGGUAGACUAAGGUUACACUUAGGGUUCCAAACACAAAACUGCCAAAAUGCUCUCUCUCCUGCCGUGAAUGUUUUCCAUCAGCAUUAUUGUAUUUACUCCAUGCUCACUGGUUGUUAACUGCUCAGAAGUUGACUUCAUAGGGUGAUUUUGUGAAUUUGUUUACAUGAUGCCAAGCAUCGAGUCCUGUCUCUCUUUUGUGUGUGCUUACACGGGUGUCAGAAAACCUUUUCUCUGUUUUAAACUGAGCCUUCUUUUUAAUAUAUUCAUGAGAAGAUGUGUAAAUAAGCCGUCAGAGUUUACGUGAUGAUUUGUUGAGCCUUGCCGGACAAGUGGUUUGUUCAUGCACAAACCAAACUCUCCUCACCCAGUGCAAUAUAUCUGUGUGACUGCUUGUGUCUUUUUAUGAUGUUUUUGCCUUUUAGAAAAUUGGUAAA